AUGGCAGAUUUCAGUCUAUCUACUCAAGAAAUUGAGAUAGGUAUUAAGAGUCUUCUUAACUUCAAGAAAGGAGAAAGUGAUUCAACAUCAGAUAAAAUUGCUGCAUCACCAAGUAGUGAACAGCCUCUUCAACAGAAAGAUGACAAGGAGAAAGAGAAACCAGCUAUAGCAUCAACAGAAACAUCACAGGAAUUAGAUGAAAAGUCAGAAAACCACAACAAUGAAGGCAAAAAGACCAGAAAAAGACGAAGCAAAGUUAUGGAUGCCAACAGCCAAGAGAGUGAAGUCCAUCUUUCUGCUGAAAAAAGCUUGAUUGGUUUGGAAGCUCUUGAAGGUCCUCUCAAUAAUCAUGAGUUAGCUUCUUCAAUAAGUUCCAUUUCAACAAGUGACAAGGAAUUAAGAAAGAUUUUAAAAGCCAAAAGGCACAUAAAGAAUUCACAAGGUGAUGAUGUGGUGGCAUCGAAACAAGACGAGAAGCAUAAUGGUAACAUACCAAUGGAUAAUGUCGGAAACAAACAAAUUGAGGAAGCGGUAAAGAAAUUUUGGGAUAUGCCUGUUAAGAAGGAGAAAAAAAAGAAGAUGAAAAAGAAAAAGGCUGAGGAACAAAAAGCUGCACAAACAGAGAAAGAAUUUGAUGUAGAAGAAAAGCAGUCAAUAGAAAAGAAAUUAGAAAAGGGAGAUAACCAAUCAAAGAAACACAAGGAGGAUGUUGGGAAGAAGUCAAAAAGCACUUCUAGCAAGAAUGAACGCAGUGAACCAGAAAUAAAAAAAGGAGUAAAUCAGGAGGCAAAACAGGUACUAUCACAGGAAGCCUUACUGAAGAAAUUAGAGGAAACCGGAAUAUUUCCACUGAAAAAGAAAUCAACAAGGUUUGUACAGGCCAAAUUUUUUUGUCGUCUGUGUGAUUAUCAUAUGGAUACUCCUGUGGAUUGUGACCGACAUAUGCAGGACAAUCGUCAUAAACGCAGAAUAGAGAUUAACAAAAUUGAGACACUUCUGGAGAAGAUGCCAGCUGUGAGAGAUGACCAGGUGAAGGCCAUUGAUCGCGUGGCAGAUGAAAUUUACCGUCAGCAUGCAUUGCAAGAAGAGGAUCUGGAAUACAGGGCCCAGGCAGCUAAAAAUCUUCAAACAUUUCUCUGCAAAACUCAGCCAGAUGUCAGUGUUGUGCUUUACGGAUCCUCACACACAGGAAUUGCACUGAAGGGUUGUGAUGUUAACAUGGAUCUGCUGGUGAAAGGGGACUUAGGUCAGGCAAAGGCCCUUACUAAGGCUUUCAAGGUCAUGAAGGAGUCAGAAGACUACCAGGAUGUGAAGAGUGACUUCUCAGCUAAAGUUCCAUGUAUCUACUUUUCUGACCAUUCCGGGUCAUUGUCCUGCCAGCUGACCGUCACAGGAUCCCUGGCCCCCCAGACGUCCACUUUGCUUUGUAUUUAUGCAGAUCUUGACCCGAGGGUCAGAAAGCUUGGAAUAAUUUUCAGAUACUUUGCCAAGAUCUGUAAAAUAGACAGACAAGAUGAGGGUACUCUUCCAGCUUACUGUUUCUCCCUAUUGGUUGUGUACUAUCUACAGAAGUGUAAACCAGCUGUUCUUCCAGUGCUUGAUUUGGGCCUUGAUGAAGAUGAGAGUAAAUCUCCUACCAAGAGAAAGAAGACACCGCCUCCAGAGGAAGCAAACUUCGCCAAGAUCAAAGAAGAGGCAGGAAAAUGGCGGACAGAAAAUAGUAAGAGUGUGGGUGCACUGUGGCUGGAUAUGCUUCGCUUCUACUGCCUAGAAUUUGACAAUAGUCAGUUUGUGGUAUCCCUGCGACAGGAAAAAUACCUUACCAGGUCUCAAAAGAAAUGGAAUACAAAGAGGGUGGCCAUUGAAGAUCCAUUUUCCAACAAGAGAAAUGCUGCACGGUCUGUGACGAAUUACGAGGUGUUUCAGUACAUCUGGGACUGCUUCAGAAAGUCUUACUUCUACUUCAGUCUACCAACAAACUAUGACAAGCUUUCAGUUCAGCAAAAACAAGCUCUAGAAAAGACGCGGCUGAAGGCCAAGGCCGAGAAAGAAAGACUAGCGAAAGAGGAAAAGUUGAAAGAGCAGAAAGGACAAAAACUGAAACUAAAUAAAAAGAAUAGUAGUGAAGAAAAGAAAAAUGUUGAGGAAACUGUAGAUGAGUCUGAAGACAACUCUGAUGUUAUCAUAUUAGGAUCCUCAGAGGAGGAGUUGGAUGAUGAAGGCGGCAACGAAAAAGCAGAAAAUAAGGAUAAGCAGGCUGAAAGAGAAGGCACUAGCAGCAUUCGAAAGCAGCUAGAUUUCUCUAGUCUAGAGAAAAAGGACAAAGUAGAGACACCAGAAGGAAGUGGUGCAGAAAAUAAGAAGGAUGAUAAUUCUAGUUUAGAUCCAACAAGAGAAAAUUUAUCAACACAACUGUCUCAAUCUGUAAAGGCAGAAUUAACCGACAGCUGUGCAUGUGGUAGUGACACAACACAGUCUGUUGUACAUUCUGAUCCGAAAUCCUCAGACAUUCCUUCUGAAUCUGCCUCAGAGCAACUCGCCAAAGACUCAUUAGUGAACACGUUAUCAGAAUUGACUCUAAUGGAUAAAAAGAAGAAAAGUGCCAAACCACCUGAUACUGCUGCUGAAGAGAUUUUAGUGGAAAGGUGCGAUAAUUUGGUGCUCGGUGAUCAAAGUGUUUGUGAAACUCAAGAAAAUCUGAAGGAGCAAUUGGCAACUACAAAGGAAGAGGAGACGGUUCAUUCAGAGGAGAAGUCUGUAAAUAUCUGUCAGGAACUGGAUUCAAAGACGGCAAAAGUGAAUUCACAGGAAGUUAAGAGUAUUCCAACAGCUGAAAACAACAGCCCUGAUUCCAAGGAAAUGGAGUGUGCUGCAGAGCCUGAAAAUGACAGCCAUGAUUCAAAGGAAAUGGAGUGUGCUCCAGAGCCUGAAAAUGACAGCCAGGAUUCAAAGGAAGGAGAGAGUACUUGUGAGCCUGAAAAUAUUUGUCCUGAUUCAAAGGAAGUUGAGUGUACUCCAGAGCCUGAAAAUGAUGGUACUGAUUCAAGGGAAAUGAAAUGUACUCCUGAGCCAGAUUCACAAGCAAUACUCAAUCUAGAAUAUGAUUUUGAAUUUGUGGAGAAAAAGUUCACCGAUGGAAAGGGUCCGAUGAUCAUCUGUAGUAUUUGUGAGAAAGAAGGCCAUCUGAAAAAUUCUUGCCCUGAAGAGGCUCUCCCUGAUCUCAAACCACUGCCGAAAAUGACAAAAGAUUUCCUGAGGUGUCUUACCAAUACAAUCAAGCAGGUACCAAGAGAAGUUGCUGUCAAGGAAGAAGAAUCAGCAGACAGAGAGGAUAUCAGACUAGAGCUGGAGGAGUUCAUUCAGGAGCUGUACCCAGAUGCUGAACUUCACUUAUUUGGGUCAUCACAUAAUGGAUUUGGAUUUAAACAAAGUGACAUUGACCUUUGUGUGACCUUCCAGGGCAAGCCUACUAGUGAGGGUCUGGACCCAGUGGCAGUGAUAGAAGAAAUUACACAGAAGCUAAAGAAGCACCGAGGCCUUUACCAUGUGUUUUCCAUCACCACAGCUAAGGUUCCGAUUGUAAAGUUCAAACACAGACGCAGUCGUUUGGAGGGAGACAUCAGUUUAUAUAACUUGCUGGCACUAUACAACACUAAGAUGAUCCAACUGUAUGCCUCUUUAGACCCUCGGGUCAAGUGUCUUGGCUAUGCCUUCAAAGUGUUUGCCAAGGUUUGUGAAAUUGGGGAUGCCUCCAGGGGGAGCCUGUCCUCCUAUGCCUACAUUCUUCUUCUCAUCUACUACCUCCAACAGUGUAAACCAUCAGUGUUACCUGUUCUACAGGAGUUAUACCCAGGAAGGAAGCCAGAGAGGAUAGUAGAUGGCUGGAACACAUGGUACUUCGAUGAUGUAGAUAAACUGCCUAAAAUUUGGAAGUGUAAGAACCAGCAGAGUUUGGGAGAGUUGUGGUUGGGAAUGUUUGUCUUUUACACUGAAGAGUUCUCCAUUAAGGAUAAUGUGGUUUGCAUCAGACUGUCAGAGCCACUGACACGAUUUGAAAAACUGUGGAAUGGAAAAUGUAUUGCAAUAGAGGAUCCUUUUGACCUUGCACAUAACCUUGGUGGUGGUCUGUCUCGAAAGAUGAACCAGUACAUCAUGAAGACAUUUAUCCGUGGCAGAGAGCUUUAUGGUAUGCCCACAGAAAUCCCAAAGGCUUGUUCAGCUCUCACUGAAUAUUUCUUUGACAAGAACCAGCUGUCCCAAGGGGCCCCUCCUAGUGACCGAUGCUGUCGUGUGUGUAACAAGAUUGGCCACAUUGCCAAGGAGUGUCCAAAAGUCCUUCAAAGGAAAGAGAGAGAAGAAAGAGAAAAGUUCAAAAAUUUCAGGUCCAAGGAUAAGAAACAGCAAAGGGAAGAUGGACAAAGAAACAAUAUAGAGGAACAAGGUCGAUACAUGGACAAAAACAUGUCACAAGGGCAGUACAACCACUCUAAAGGGUUAAGAAGGUCACAGUCUGACCCCAAUGACCCUGAUUUGGAACAGAACUGGCGUCGCCCUGCAAACUCACAGCAGCACCUCAGUUCUAACACUGGGCAACGAUAUCAACAGCAGCAGCAUCAACAGCAGCAUCAACAUCAACAACAUCAACAACAUCAACAGCAUCAACGCCAAAUGGCCAGCCAGCCAAGGAACAUCCCCAUGCCAUUUGGUCACCAGGGGUCCCCAGGACAGAGGCAGUUCAACAGUGGCAGUCCUCAGGGCAAUUACCGGGGUAGUCCACGGUCCAAAGUAAACUUGUCCGACUCGUACCCACCUCCUAGACAAACUGUAUCACCUAUGAAGCAAGGCCAUGACCCCCGGCCAUCAUCUUCCCCGAAGCCGAUCGGCCGACCUCAGUACCCAGAGACCUACAUGUCAACCAGCCCACACAACAAGGGCAUGUCCGGACAUCCCUGGUUGAAUCAGUACAUGUCGAACCAGCAGCAUCAACGUUUGUCUCAUCAACAACAGCAGCAACAUCCUCAACUACAGCGCCACCAAGGGACACCGCCAAACCCGUACCCUAACAUUCCUCCUGGGUCAUCACCAAGGCAAGUGUCUAUAGCAGCUGCUCCGGGUAACAUGGGGCCACCCAAUUUAGGUAUUUCAAUUCCUAACGACCAAUACCGCCAAUCUAGUCAUCCAGGAAACCAGGGAGGUCAUUCCAGAAGUGGAACUAAUCAAAGACAAUCUUACAAACAGUAUACAAAUCAACAAAGAAGGAAGUAAAGCUACAACAGUUGUAGACAAAGUUUUAUACAGUCCACCAGUCAACAGAAAUUGUCUCACAAAUACAACACCAGUUAACAGAGCAGAAAUUGUCUUCCAAAUACUGCACCAGUUAACAGAGGAGAAAAUGUCUUACAAUUACUACACAAGUCAACAGAGCAGAAAUUGUCUUACAAUCACUGCACCAGUUAA